AUGGAGCGGCACCGCCAAGGAUCGCGGCGUCAACAAGAAGUUGCAGACGGUCUCGACGGGCACGAGGAGGAGGACGGGGCGCUGUCGGCGUUCGUCUGCCCGAUCACCAUGCAGGUGAUGCGGGACCCGGUGGUGAUCGAGACUGGCCACGCCUUCGAGCGGGAGGCCAUCGCCCGGUGGUUCUCUGAGUGCCGCGACCUCGGCAGGGGGCCGUACUGCCCGAUCACGAUGCGGGAGGUGCACAGGGCGGACCUGAGGCCGGUCCUGGCGCUACGGGCCGCCAUCGAGGAGUGGACGGACAGGCAGCAGAGGGAUGAGCUCCGCAGGGCCUGCCAGUGGCUCACCAAGGACGCCACGGAGAAAGAGGCGGUGCGGGCGUUAGGCUGCGUUGCGCGAGGGUGGAGCGGAGGGCGGGUGGGCAGGCGCACAGUGCGUGACGAGGGGAUGAUACCCAUGGUUGGUGGCAUGCUGAGAAGCGGCAGCACCAUGGUGCGUCUCAAAGCGCUGGAAGCUAUUCAGGAAUUUGCCAGAGAAACUGAUCAAGACAGGGAAGCUGUGUCGGAAGGGGACACCAUUCGCACAAUCAUCAAGUUCAUCGAUUGUGAGGAUUGUCAGGAGAGGGAAUUGGCAGUCUCUGCACUGUGCAACCUUUCCAAGUCUGAGCUAGUAUGUGGGAAAAUAAGUGAAUUGAAUGGAGCCGUACUUAUACUGGGCAAGGUGUCUGGAAGCAAAGCUGACAAUCCAACAAUAGCUGAGAAGGCUGAAAGGACACUUGGGAAUUUGGACAGGUGUGAGAAUAAUGCCGUGCAGAUGGCUGAAAAUGGCAGGCUGGAACCUCUACUUAACCUGCUUAUUGAAGGUUCUCCAGAAAAGCAGCUGCUUAUGGUAUCAUCUCUAGAAAAGAUUGUUUUGUCUAAUGACUUGAAGAUCUUAGUUGCCCGAAGGGUGGGUUCCUUAUUUGGUGGUAUUGUUGAAAAGGGAAACUUGGAAGCAAAAGAAGUUGCUUUCAAGGUGUUAGAGCAUAUAUCCACCAAUGCAGAGAGUGCCAAGGUUCUUAUAGAGGAAAAUGUCCUUCUCCCUCUUUUCCGAGUUCUCUCUAUCAAUCGCACCAGUCUCCUUCCACCGAGGUUGCAAGAGGCUGCAGCUGCAGUUCUAGCUAAUCUGGUUGCAUCUGGUGUUGACAUUGGGACAGUACCCCUCGACGGAGACCGUACUCUGGUGUCUGAAGACAUUGUUCACAGCCUACUUCUUUUGAUCAGUAAUACCUCACCUCCAAUACAGUGCAAGCUUCUUGAAUUUUUUGAUACCCUGAGCAGUUCCACAGGGACAGUACUGUCAAUUGUCUCAGCUAUAAAAUCUUCUGGUGCUAUCACCAACUUGGUGCAGUUUGUUGAGAGUGAUCAUCAGGAAAGCCGCACUGCAUCCAUAAAGCUGAUAUACAAAAUUUCAUUCCACCUGGGCCAUGAGAUAGCCCAAGUCUUCCGUGCAAGUCCAACACUACUUGGCUGCUUAGUUAAAGUUGCCUUUCUUAAUGAUGGAAACGCUAAUGAGCAAGAUGCUGCACUUCAGAUUCUGGCAAACCUUCCAAAAAGGGUCAAGCACCUCACCAGAGAGCUAAUGGAGCAAGGGGCUUUCAAGAUAGUUGCUAGUAAGGUUUUAAGCAUCUACCGCAGGGAUGCUGGAAGUGACAUCUAUGACAAUGCACUGCUUGAAGGCCUUACAAAAGUCUUGGCAAGGAUAACAUAUGUCUUGCGAGAUGAACCCCGAUGCGUUUCCCUUGCUCGUGAGUACAACCUUGCUGCCUUGUUCACCAGCUUGCUUCGGCUGAAUGGGCUUGAGGAGGUACAGGUGGUCUCUGCAAAGGCAUUAAUGAAUCUCUCGUUAGAAUCUAAGUAUCUGACUAGUACACCGAAAUUUGAUGAUAGUGAACAGAGGUCUAAACUUGCACUAUUUGGGAGGAAACCACCAAAUAUUCAAUUUUGUCGUGUUCAUUCUGGAGUCUGUUCAAUUAGGGAUAACUUCUGUAUCCUAGAAGGGAAAGCCGUGGAACGACUGAUUCAUUGUUUGAAUCAUUCUAACAAGAAGGUUGUCGAAGCUGCUCUGGCUGCUCUUUGCACCCUGCUUGAAGAUGGAGUGGAGACUGCAGAAGGCGUUUCGGUGCUCCAUAGGUCUAAUGGAGUUGCACCUAUAUUUGACAUCUUGAAGGAAAAUCCGACAGGCAGUCUUCAGCACAGGGUGACGUGGGCUGUGGAGAGGAUUCUGCGGGCAGAGGAUAUCGCCCAAGCUGCUUCAACCGAUCACAGUCUGGGAUCUGCACUUGUUCAUGCUUUCCAACAUGGAGAUUCCAGAACACGGCGUAUUGCAGAGGCAGCAUUGAAGCAUAUCCGAAAGCUACCCACUUUUUCCAUAAUCAUUGAUAAGAGUCCCUCGAUACGAGGUUCAUCCAUGGGAAGCAUGGAGCGCUUUAUCAAGUUUGAUCGCUAG